AUGGCUGAGCCCGACCUCCACCACACUCCGGGCUCAGUCAACGAUGCAUCCGAGAACACGCCUCUCAUCCCACACUCACGAGGCCGACCUAUACGACAAGGGACUGCCGCGCACAAUGAUGGCAUUGACGACGACGCUGUCCAGCACCAUGUCACGCCCAUACGUGCCGCAUGCAUCUCCUUUAGCAUGUGGGUGCUGAUGUUUGUCCAGGCAUGCAACAUGUCUGGUAUGACAAUGGUCCAGUCAUACAUCGCCGAGGAACUCGAGGCGUAUGAGCUAGUCACCUGGUUCACGUCGGCAUACAUGAUCGCUGUGGCCUCGUCCGCCCCGCUGGCCGGCCGCCUCGCCACCAUAUUCUCGCCGGGCCUGAUGAUCCUGGCCUCGGGACUCUCCCUCGCCGCCGGCGCAAUCAUCACCUCCCAGGCCGGGUCCUUUGCCGUGUUCACCCUCGGCCGCGUACUGACGGGGGUCGGGGGAGGCGGCGUCAUGACGCUGUCGCUCAUCCUGGUGCUGCAACUCACCUCCCGACGGCGUCGGGGCCUGUACGUCGGGAUGGUGAACAUGGGCUUCACCGUCGGCGUCUCCUUCGGGGCCGUUGUCUUUGGCGCGCUGCUGCCAGCCCUCGGUUGGCGGGCUCUCUUCUGGGUGCAGGCGCCUGUAGGCAUCUUAGCCGGGGCCGGCGUGUACCUGAGCAUCCCGACUUUUGCCACCUCGGACCCGGCCAAGGACAAGAGCGUGUUGCACAAGGUGAAGUCGAUCGACUACGCUGGCGCCGUCCUGCUGACAGCUGCCAUUGUCCUGUUCCUCUACGGUCUUUCCGGCUCGAUCCAGACCCUCCCGAUGGUGCUCUCGGUGAUCCCAUUGGUGCUCUUCAUUGUCGUCGAGUACAAGGUGGCAUCCGACCCGCUCAUCCCCGUCAGCGUCUUACAGUCCCGGGGCGUCCUGUUCUCUUGCUUGGCCCAGCUGGGAUUGAUGGCAGCCCGCUGGACGGUGCUGUACUACGCACCCAUUUUUGUCCUCGCCGUCCGAGGGCUGUCGCCCGCCAUGGCCGGCUCCAUCCUCAUCCCGACGAACCUUGGGUUUGGCGUCGGGGGCGUGCUUGUGGGUUGGCUCCACAUACGCCGGUCGGGGGCAUUCUGGCUGCCGUGCGUUGUCUCGGUCUUCCUGUUCGGCCUGGCCCUCUUCGGCCUGUCCCUGACGAGCAACGCCGGCUCCCCAGCAUGGCUAUAUGUGCUUCUGAUCUUUUUGAACGGCUUCUGCACCGGCGCUGCUCUCAACUACACACUGGCCCACAUCCUCCACCUCGCCACCCCGGACACGCACUUCAUCGCCACGAGCCUGCUGGCUACCUUCAGGGGCUUCGCGGGCAGCUUCGGCACGGCGAUCGGGGGCGGCAUCUUCACACGGAGCCUGAAGACGCACCUGACAGCCGGCUUCGAAGAGCUCGACGGCACGGCUGACCUGUCACCCAGGCGGGUGGCCUUGAUCCGGAGGCUUCUGGGCAGCCCAAAUUUCGUCUUCAACGGGUGGCUGAGCCCGGCCGAGAGGGACGUGGCGGUCAAGGGAUACGAAUCCGCCUUCAGCGUCAUGUACGCCUCCGCCUCUGCCUUGGUGGUGCUGGUGCUCCUGGUCCAGGCCGGCACGGGCUGGACGGCGCCGGCGAAUCAGGAGGGGGAGGACGAGAUACAGGAAGAGAUCGAGGAGCACGACCCGCGGAUGGAGGCUUAG